ACAGUCAACACUCUUUCUGUGUUGCCAUUGGUAGAGUGUUAUUUCAGCUAGCAACCAAUACUGUGUACCGUAAUUAACUUAUCGUAUAUUUUGCAAAAAUAUUAAUAAUAAUAAUUUAAUAUAUUUUAAUGUAAUUUUUUUAUAUAAACAUCUAUUCAUGUAUUGUUGACAAAUUAAAGUUUCUUAACAUAUAUCUAAAAUACAAAGAUAACCAAUGAAAAAGUAGUACUCGACAAGAUUUUAAACUCAUUUCUUAUGUCUUAAGCAUGGCCUUAAGCUUAAGUUAAAUUUUAAGUCAGUUAUAUUUGAUUAUCAAAAUUGAUAAUCACUGGAUAUAUUGUACUAUUUAUUGUAUACUCUACAUACAUAUGUUGAAACUUCCCAUAAUGUAUUAUAUCUUAUAAUCCAUUAUUUUGUUGGUUGGAAUUUAUAUCAUACAUCAGUUGUAUACAAUUUUGAUGUGUUCAAAUGGAUAGUGGUGAUAUUGAUGCUAAAGUUGAAAUUCAAAAGACUCUGAUAUCUCUUAACGAAAUAACAUUAAAAAUAAAAAAUGAGUUGAACAUAAUUAAUGACCUCGUGAAAAAGGAUGGACAACUUCACACAGCUGUGGUUGAUGCAAAUAAAACAUUAACUGUAGUAGCCCAAGAUAUGGGCAUAAAUGUUAAGAAUAUUUUAAGUAAUGAGAAAAGUGAAAAUGAAUCUCAAUUCAACUUAAGGGAUAUUAUAUCUUCUGCUGCUUUCCAAGAAAAAAUAUUGGCAUGUUUAAAUAAUAUGUGAUCUUUAUUAUUUUUAAUAAACAUUUUGUAUAUUUAUAUUUACAAAUUGUCUUAUACAAAGAGUAGAAACAAGUACAAAGUUCAUAUUUUUUUAACCUUUACCUGCUUUUCAUUAUUAAAGCUUUGAUUCUGUCAACCAAUCAAACUUUUGUUGUUUACGUUCAGCCUGGGGAUUAAUCAUAAUGUUUAUCAUGCUAGGAGAAUCAUUGACCUAUAAGAAAUUUAUUCAUUAAAGCUACUGAAUGUUAUAAGAAUUAAAUGAAAAAUACAAAUUAUAUUUA